AUGAAGUCUUCAGGAAGGACUACCACCAGUGAUGAGAUAGCCACCGAAUCUAUCAGAGAAACCAACAACGAAGAGGAAAGCUUUGAUGUUUUGGACAUUGUCAAUGCCAGGAUCCGUGGGUCUACCGAGGAGGAGCUCCGGAAAAUGGAAUCAUUUUCAGCACUAGGAGGAGCAGAUGCACUGGCACAAGGAGGUCCUCCUGUGGCUAGCACCACAUUGAAAGAAGAAGCAAAAGAGCAGGAAAGCAAGAAGGUUGAGGCACGAGUGCAAGGCACCCCAGAAGACAAAAUGUUCCUUGUGGGGGUUUUAACAGAACGACAGGAAGCAGAAUCGCCGUUAAGGCAGGCUAUGAAUGUGGCAGCAUCCACAGAUGAUUUUGAUUUAAAGAAUCCUCAUGAUCUGCCUCGGACAAGCCUAACUCGUGACGAAGAAGUGGCUAGAAGAACCGCUAGUACGCCUGGUGCCUAUUCUGUGGCACGUGGCUUUGAACUGCCAACAACUGCUGCCAUGUAUGGCACACUUGCAGGACAUCCAGUAGCUGAGAAUGAGACCCACUCCAACUUUAUGUCCGAAGUAGUAGCGCAAGAACACUCCCUUGGUAAUAAUAGUGGCUUGGCUGUGGCAAACCCGGUGGACGAAACCGUUCCUCAAGAUCUUCCCCGAGCUAAAGAGUUUGAGAUCCAAGAAUUAACAAGAGACCAAAAGGACAAGAAAUGCAAGAUCGCCCUUUCAUUGGGAGCCAUUGCGUUGGUGGGAGUCGUGAUCGUAAUCGUGGCAAUCGUGGUUCCUAGAUGGAAGGAUGACCAGGUGGCUCCAAUGACUGCAGUUCCAACCAGUACUCCAUCAGCAGCUCCAACCAUGUCUCUGGAGGGAACCAUCAAGGUGUUGCUAGAAGAGGAAACCCUGCUGGCGUUGGAAGACCCAGAGUCACCUCAGUUUAUGGCAUUUGAAUGGUUGCUGGAAGAUCCCAAUCUUCCCUUCUACUCGGAUGGUCGAUUAAAGCAAAAGUUAGCUUUGGCAUCACUUUACUAUGCUACUAGUGGAGACACUUGGAUGGAUAUUACCAGCUGGCUGAGCCACAGCAUACACGAGUGUGAGUGGUACAAUGCACCUGAGUUUGCUCAGAAGACGUUGAUGGAUUCUAUAUAUAAAGGGUACAUGUCUGGGUUUCCCCCAUCCACAGAGCCACCACCACCGCGCUGCAAUGAAGAUGGCCUGUAUCAGCAUCUUUGGUUGGACAAAAACAAUCUUGUUGGGAACCUUCCAGAAGAGCUCUACAUGCUGACAAGCCUACAAACACUGUCCCUUGGGUAUAACCAGCUUGAAGGCAGUCUUGGCAGCCGUAUUGGACAGCUUGCUGAUUUGGAGGGGCUGGCCAUUUAUGAUCAACCACCUGGUGGCAUUCCUUCAGAGAUUGGCCUCCUAUCCAAGCUGAGAGGUCUGCUGCUUACCAACAGCAACCAUGAAGGCCCUCUUCCUUCUGAGUUGUGGCAGCUGACCAAUCUGGAGCACUGGGUUAUAAUGGACCAUGAGCACAUGCAGGGAACCAUUUCCACAGAGGUGGGAAUGCUCUCAAAAUUGAAAUGGUUUGUUAUACAAAUCAGUGACAUAUCUGGCACUAUUCCAACAGAGCUUGGGAAAGUAGAUUCAUUGGAGUGGAUUCUUUUGGGGCAGGCCAGGCUAUCUGGAUCUAUCCCAAGUGAACUGGGAAGUCAUCGCAGCAAGCAGCAUAUACACUUAGACUUCAAUGACUUGGUGGGGACAAUUCCUAGAAUCAUCCCAACAGAGCUUGGGCUGUUGACAGGCCUACAUGACCUGUUGCUGGAGCAGAACCAACUCUCUGGGCAGAUCCCCAGUGAAUUUGGUGAACUCUUAAGUCUGCGUAUCACAAGUUUGGCAAACAAUAGCUUGUCAGGCUCAGUACCAGUGGAACUAUCAUCUCUACAGCAGACACUGCACUCAUUCUUGUUGGAUGGAAAUCCAAUGUUGACUGGAACUAUUCCAGAGUCCCUUUGCCACGUAAAUGGAACCUGUGUCAUACCAACAGGUUUUGCCCAUUCAUGUAAAGGACGGAUGGGGGUGUUCUUUGAAUGUACUGAUCUCCUGUGUGGCUGUGAUUGCUCCUGUGGUGGGGCUUGA